AUGAGUGUUGACGUCAUGCAACUUACGAACCUCGAGCUUGAGCUCGAGCCAAGGGGAAGAUUGGUCCCCGUUGAGGAGUUGGAAGUGGUCGAGCUCGAGCACGGGAAAGCCGUUACUAUUGGUCGGGAUCUCAAGGCCAACCUCUGGGAGGAAAUCAUCAAUUGGCUGUCCCGCAACAUUGAUGUUUUUGCAUGGAAGGUGAAGGAUAUGCCAGGGAUAGACCCAGAAGUAGCUGUCCAUAAACUCAAUAUCAGCCCAAGAGCCAAACCUGUUAAGCAAAGGAAAAGACAGUUUGCACCGAAAAGACGUGUGGUCAUUCAAGAAGAAGUCGGCAAAUUAUUGGGGAGCGGGGUUCAUAAGGGAAAUCUUAAUAAGGCGUGCCCAAAGGACAGCUACCCGCUGCCAAUGAUCGAUAAUCUUGUGGAUAGCACAUCCGGACAUAAGCUCUACAGCUUCUUAGAUGCAUUCUCAGGGUAUCAUCAAAUCCUCAUGGCUAAAGAAGACCAAGAGAAGACUUCAUUCAUGGCUGAUUCAGCCAUAUAUUGCUAUAGGGUGAUGUCAUUUGGGUUGAAAAACGCUGAGGCGACAUAUCAGAGGCUCAUAAACAAAGUCCUCGCCGAUUUGAUAGGGAAGAACAUCGAGACCUAUGUGGAUGACAUGGUUGUAAAGAGUAAGAAGGUGGAGGAGCACAUAUCCGACCUAGAAGAGGUGUUCGUUACCCUACGAACAUGUAAGAUGAAGCUCAACCCGGAGAAGUGUGUAUUCGGCGUAGUUUCAGGAAAGUUUCUGGGUUUCAUGAUCACUCAUUGGGGGAUUGAGGCCAACCCUGACAAGAUUCAGGCUUUGGAAGCAAUGGAAUCACCAAGGACCAAGAAAGAAGUUCAAAAGUUGACAGGCUGGGUAGUUGCCUUAAACAAGUUCAUGGCCCGAGCAGCAAACAGGUGCUUCCCCUUCUUCAAAGCCCUCGGGGGUAAUUAUUGCUUUGAAUGGAAUGAGGAGUUGAGUGGUGUCUUGGUGAAAGAGGUUAACAGGGCCCAACAACCCAUUUAUUACCCUCUAAAACACAUUCUUCAGAAACCAGACAUCUCAAGAAGAUUAUUGAAGUGGGCAAUUGAACUCGGAGAAUUUGACAUAGAGUUCAAGCCCUGCCCAUCUAUCAAAGCUCAGGCCUUAGCUGACUUCAUUGCAAAACUCACCCCGAGACCUCGGGGGCCAGAUGUUAGCUCGAGCUUGACCACAGGUGUGUGGAAAAUUUUCAUCGAAGGAGCAUCAAACUCCUCGGGCUCGAGUACAGGAGUCAUAAUCAUAAGUAUGGACAUGCUCAUAAACAUUCAGUGCGCACUUAGGUUCGAAUUUGAGGCGACCAAUAAUGAAGCAAAGUAUGAGGCCGUCAUCAUAGCCAUGGAACUCGCCAUAAAUCUCGAGCUUGAAAAUAUCAAAAUUUACAGUGAUUCCCAGUUGGUGGUUGGACAAAUCGAAGGGACAUUCGAUAGGAAGGACGAGAAGAUGAGCUUAUACUGCUUGAAAGUGCAUGAUCUCCAGAGAAAGUUCAAGAGCUGUGGAAUUGUGAAAAUCACUCCGGCUGAGAAUUGUAAGGUUGAUGCCUUGUCAAGAUUGAUGUUCAUGGGAAUAGAUGGCCUUAACGGGACAGUCCACGUUAGAAUUGUAACCGAGCCAAGCAUCAAUCAAACCAUAGGCAUCAUGGAUAUUGAUAAUGAGCCAUCAUGGAUGGAUCCAAUAGUGGACUUCAUAAAAUAUGGCAAUCUUCCACAAGAUCCUCGGGCAACAAGAAGCAUCCGGUCCAAAGCUUCGAGGUAUUGCAUGAUUGAAGGAGUUUUAUUUCGCAGGAGCCUCACACUUCCAUACCUCAGAUGCCUUAGGCCUUCCGAAUCAUCCCAGGCCCUAGAAGAAGUUCAUGAAGGAAUAUGUGGGAACCAUCAAGGAGCUCGGGCAUUAGCCUUCAAGCUCAUAAGAUAUGGAUAUUAUUGGCCAACCAUGAAGAAAGACGUCCAAGAAUAUGUCAAGAAGUACGACAAGUGCCAAAGAUUUAGCGAUAUCAUCCACCAUCCCGCAGAGGACCUCGCUAACAUUAGUUGCACAGCCGCGUUUGAGCAGUGGGGAAUUGACAUCCUUGGUCCCUUUCCAAUAACUAAGGGAAAAUUGAAGUUUGUGGCUGUGGCUGUAGAGUAUUUCACUAAGUGGGUAGAGGCCGAGGCUUUAGCAACAAUUUCAGAGCCUAAGUUGAGAAGUUUCAUUUGGAGAUCCAUCAUAUGCAGGUUCGGGAUACCAAAAGUCCUCAUAACUGAUAAUAGCAGGCAGUUUGACAAUGCCCAAUUUAAAAACUUUUGUUCCAAUCAAGAGGUUGAUCACUGUUUAACGUCAGUUUCCCAUCCUCAAAGUAAUGGUAUCGUCGAAAUGACCAAUCAGAUUAUAUUACAAGACCUCCGUACAAGGAUCGGGGAUGCAAGAGGUUCCUGGUCUGACGAGUUACUUUCCAUACUUUGGACGUAUAGAACGUCCUACAGAACUGCUAGGAGGAAAACCUCCUUCAUGUUGGCUUUUGGUAUUGAGGCCACCAUCCAUAUUGAAGUCAGGUGGCCCAGCAAAAGAAGGCUUGAGCCCGAUGAUGCAGAGCGUACCACUGAACACCUCGACGUCUUAGAAAAAGUUCGUGAUCAGGCAGCUUUAAGAAUGGCCUCCUACCAAGAUAAAAUAGCAAAGUACUUCAAUAAAAAAGUGAGGACGUGGAGAUUCAGAGCCGGAGACCUUGUGUUAAGAAGGACCGAAGCAGCAGGUCAUGCCCCAAGCAAGGAACUCAAGCCUUGCUCCGCGCAAACAAUCAAAAAGCUUUGCCCCGCACAAGCAACUCAAGCCUUCUCCCGCGCAAGCAAUCAAAAAGCCUUGCCCCACGCAAGCAACUAA